AUGACCCAGUGUAUACCAAACAAUAACCAGUGCACACAAAAUAUACAUACGCUCCUUGACCCAAAUGAUCCAUCCAUCGAAAAAGAAUACAAAAAGCUAGCCGAAGCUUGGAAGAAUCAAAUAAGAAAUAAGGCGCCUUCCCAACAAAAUAAAGAUUUUAUCCGGCUCGCUUGGCUCAGAUUGAUGGACCAUUAUCUCGACCAACAAUGGCUAGAAUCCAAGCAGAUGCUCCAAUGUGCCCAAGCAUGGAGUUCUCAACAAAGAAUCUCCGUAAGACAGGCAGCUCAUACGAUGAAAAUCAUCAGCCUUAAAUCAAUGCGGCGCUCUCUUGAAACACGACGAGAGAUACUGCAAGCACUCGAUGACUCACAACUUAUUACAAGUUUUGAGAUGUCAGAUUCAACAUCAACUCUUGAAAGGUUAAUCAAAGAACGAUUAUCUAUUGCUGACUCGGGUGGUGUAGAAGGGUUAGAUGGUGACGAAUUACGCCAUUCCGCUUUGAUGAAACACCUGAACGGUUCGACGGAAGAGAUAUUAACUCUGCAUGACGAAGGGAUUAUGACACCUGAAGAGGUUAAUAGAUAUAUUCAAUUCAUAGGGCAUGACUAUAACAGGGAAAGCAAGGUAUUUAAUGGCGAAAGUAAGAUUCAAACGGAAGUAGAUUCAACACACCCUUUAAGCAGUAGUAAAAGCACGAGCACCACGUCAUCAAAAUCAAAUUACUUCAGAUGGCUGAUACCGUCAAGAUCAACGCCUAAUAUGUCUUUUAACAGCAAUAACAUUCGCAAACCCGGCUCUCAAGGACUCACUCGUAGCUACGACACUUAUUAUGAAAAAUUACAUCAGGCUCUUCCUUGGAAAGAUCUCUCUACAAAGUAUGACUCCACUGUAUCAGCAGGAAAUAGCAGCACCGACACAGAUGGCUGUAAUACCAACAAUAAAUUUAAUUGGAAAAGUUGGUUUCAUGGAGAUGACCUUGAUCAUAGCUCAACGGAGCCGUUGAUGGAGGCUGUCACCGAGUGCUUUGUGGUAGAAGAACCUUUCGCCAAUGAGAAAGUUGAGGCAGACGCACUAUUGAUGACAGAGUUCUAUAAGAACAGUUCAGCCAUACUCGACUGGGAAACUGACGACAAUAACGGCCAAAAUGAGAGCAAAUUGGCUACGGUCAGCAAAAAGGCGAGUAUAUCGAGCUUUCGCUCUCACAGUAAAAACCCUGCAUCGCCGCAACAAGUGCAACAACUUCAAUUAGAAAGUCCUCAACCUCAAGACAAUUCGUAUCCCUCCUAUGUCAAAAUUGGCGAACGUGAUUUAAUAACAUACACUCCUAGAUCUGGGCGUAAGUAUAAUAGCAGUGUUUCCACCAGUCCAACGAUGACUAAAAGCACCUCUGUCCCAUCUCAAACCACUUCAGCCACUUUAACCGACAGAAACACUGAUUAUUCCGACACAUUGACCAAUUCUACUAAACCUCCUUCUAAAGAGCGAAGUUUCACCAUUCGGGGAAUGCAUAAAAAAUUGUCAUUGCCAAAACUGUUCGGAAACAAGAAAGCAGCAGCAGCUUCCGUAUCGAAAGCUCAACAGAGUAAAAAGUAG